ACCAGAUGAACAGAAAACAAACCUCAUUGCGACACGACCGGCCAAUUUCCGGCGGAUGCGUCAGAGAGCUGCUGCCGUAAAUUAAUCCAGUCACCUGCAGAUGUUUUAGCCGCGGAUUUGCCGUUAAAACACACACACAUACUGAUGGACAAGGCAAGACGACAUGAUACACAAUGACACCGAGGAUGAUGACAAUUGGGUUGCCAGCGAUGACAACGAAGAGGAGGCUCCGAUGAGGUGUAGCUUCUCUGUGGAAGACCUCCUGGACGAGGUGGAGAAGAUCUGUUAUGACGCCUCGGGAACAUCCAAGGUGGAGAUGGUGGUGCGUCUCUGGAAGGACGGCUUCACCGUCAACGACCAGGAGUUCCGCAGCUACUCAGUCCCUGCAAACCAGGAGUUCCUGGAUGCCAUCAAAAGGGGGGAACUUCCGGCAGAGUGGGAGAGCCGAGCAGAGGAGGAGGAACUGGAGGUCAACGUGGAGGAUCUGACGGAGGAAGAGUACGUUCCCAGGAAGAAGGUUUUCCACCCUUUCAGCGGGCGAGGAUACCGGCUCGGCAGCGUGGCGCCCCGAGUGGUGGCCCGCUCGCCGUCGGUGCACGACGACGGCGAAUCUCCCCCCAUCCCCAUGGUAACCCUGGACCACGCCCUGCCGGUCACCUCACUGCAGCUCUGGUUGGCCGACGGCCGCAGGCUGGUGCAGCGCUUCAACCUAUCGCAUCGGAUCGUAGACGUUCACGACUUUGUGUCGCGCUGCCAGAGGAGCUGCCCGCCUUUCGUCUUGACCACGUCGCUUCCCGUGCGGGAGCUCCACGACAAAGAGCUGAGCCUCGAAGCGGCGGACUUGGCCAACGCCGUCAUCGUCCAGCGGCCCCUCAACACUCAUGCCCCCUUUGCGCCAUAAUCCACGUUUCGUUCACCUUAGAUAUACAUACUUACAUACACUCUAAUAUUAAACAGCACCAAAACAAAACAGUCUUCCCAAA